CCCUGCUACAACAUGAAGCUGUCGCCAGCAGCUACCAUAUAGUGGGCCUCACUAAUCACCACCAAGAUCUAUCAUCGAAUGAAGCGCCGUUCAAACUGACUCCACCAAACUGCGCCAACACCAUAACACCAUACUACAAAUACGGACCCCAACCCAAACACGAGAGUCUAAUAACAAACGGCGUCUUGGCAGUCGUGCAUUGCCACGAAGGAACCAACACCGGCCUGAGAUCGAUCCUUCUCGUCCAUACACGCUUUCCCCAAGUUAGGGUUCUCGCAGAUCACCUCACAGCCACCCCAUAUGACUACGUCAUGUUCCAACAUCUAACCUUCAUGACACUCAGUAUACCAUCUGGCUAUAGAAUAUAUUUUAGACUGCCCAACUUUUUUGAGCGUAGCCACGCGGUGAAAUUCUCGCAAUAUUCAACAUCGAUUUAGCCACUACUUCUUCACUUCCUCAAAUCUAACCCAGAAAAAAAAUGGACUCAACUUCAGACCCGCCCCCUCCAUACUCCUUAACAUCAACCACCCUCGGAGAAGAAACCCUACCUCCAACUACCCUCAUCCUAUCAAACAAACUCAUCCACACCGAGGCCGCCCCCUCAACACCCCUCUACGAGAUAUCACAAGACAUAGCAUCUCUCCCCCAAAAGUUCACAUCCGUAAAAUUCGAGCGAAUAGAAACGGACGCGCCCUCAAAACUGGAAAGCAAAUCCCCCGAAUCGCAGAAGAAGCACAUAUUCUACCUCGCUCAUCCGGCGCAUGCGCGGUACCGGAAAGAUGUCCCCGCAUAUUAUAUCACUGCCGUCUCCCUUGGAUCGUUGGGUAAUAUCCGCUUUGAGGUGAGUAAGGCGCGGUUUCAGAAGGCGGAGUUUCGGGCGCUUCUGAGUGCCGGGAAGAGGAUGGACGAUAAGCCGUUGUUUUGUGAGGAUGUGGAGAUUACCCUCUUUACGGCCAAGAUGAAGUGGACUGGGGGUGGGUAUCGGUGGACCGAUGCUAGGGGUAGGGAUGUGGCGUUUGAGGGGGGGAAGGGCGAGGGGGGGAAGUUGGUUGUUACGGCGUCUAUGGAGCAGGAUAUGAGGGAUGCGCUGGUUGCAUUGUGGGUGUUGAGGACGUGGUAUGAUACUGCGGAGAGUAGCGAGGCUAAAGCGGAUGGUGAGUGAACGUUGACUCCAUGGUCUUAUAACGCCCUCAUGGUUUAUGUGUUUAACCCUUAGACAGAACUAGCGGCCUGGAUGCCACCCUCAGCGUAUGCAGGAAUGGAUUUUGGUGUCGUGAAAAAGUCGGGA